AUGCAGCGCCAGAUCCUGCGUCAAGCUCCUCGCGUCAAGGCCGGUGCCUUCGCCAUGAAAUCGGCCGCCACAGCCGCCAAGGCCUCACCGAUAAUUCUAUCCCGCCACUUCUCGACCCCCGUUCCGGUUAAGCAGACUAACCUGCUGAUCAACAACGAAUUCGUGCCGUCCAUCACUGGAAAGACCUUCGAGACGUUCAAUCCCGCUACAGAGGAGAAGAUCGCCGACGUUGCUGAGGCUGGAACCGCGGACAUCGACGCCGCUGUGGCUGCUGCCCGCACGGCCUUCGAGGGCCCGUGGCGCACCAUGCCCGCGUCGGAACGUGGCCGUCUCAUCAACAAGCUCGCGGAUCUCAUCGAAGAGAACAUUGACGAGCUUGCUGCUCUUGAAGCGCUCGACAACGGCAAGCCGUGCUCAGAGGCCAAGGCUGCUGACCUGGGACUCGUGCUCAAUGUCUACCGCUACUACGCAGGGUGGCCCGACAAGAUCCACGGUUCCGUGAUCCCCAUCAACGGCCCCUACCUCUGCUACAACAAGGCCGAGCCUGUCGGUGUCUGCGCUCAGAUUAUCCCAUGGAACUUCCCGCUGGUAAUGAUGGCGUGGAAGCUGGGCCCCGCUCUGGCUGCUGGUAACACUAUUGUGCUGAAGCCUGCUGAGCAGACUCCUCUGUCUGCUCUACGUGUCGGUGAGCUGAUCGUGGAGGCUGGUUUCCCCAAGGGUGUGAUCAACAUCGUACCCGGCGUGGGCCCCACCGCUGGUCGCCACUUGGCGCAGCACCCGGAUGUCGACAAGGUUGCCUUCACGGGCUCCACUGAGGUUGGCUACCAGAUCAUGCGCACGUCGCACGUGAGCAACCUCAAGCGUAUCACUCUGGAGCUCGGCGGCAAGUCUGCCAACAUCAUCCUCGACGAUGCCGACAUUGACCUCGCCAUUCGGCAGUCACAGCUUGGUCUGUUCCUGAACCAGGGCCAGUGCUGCAUCGCUGGCACCCGUGUGUACGUCCAGGAGGGUAUCUACGAUGAGUUCGUGCGCCGCACUGUUGAGGCCGCCAACGCUCGUGUGGUCGGUGACCCGUUCGACCCCAAGACGAACCAGGGCUCGCAGAUUGACGAGACCCAGUUCGAGAAGAUCCUGGGUUACAUUGAGGAGGGCAAGAAGGAGGGUGCCAAAUUGUUGGCUGGUGGCAAGCGGCACGGCAACAAGGGCUGGUUCAUUGAGCCCACCGUGUUUGCCGAUGUGACUGACGACAUGUCCAUUGCUCGUGAGGAGAUCUUCGGCCCCGUCAUGUCCAUUCUCAAGUUUAAGACCAUCGACGAGGUCAUUGAGCGCGCUAACGACUCCGUCUACGGUCUGGGUGCUGGUGUGGUGACGAGCAACCUCGACAACGCCAUCAAGAUCUCCAACGGCAUCCGCACGGGUACGGUGUACGUCAACAGCUACGACGUGUUCGACGGCGCUGCUCCGUUCGGUGGCUUUAAGGACUCCGGUAUCGGUCGCGAGAACGGUGAGUUGGGCUUGCGCAACUACCUGGAGCACAAGACGGUGAUCAUCAAGCGCCCGGAGGACUCGAUGCCUUAA